UACUAGCCAAAACCACUUUCAUUUCCACAUCUUUCUUCUCUCUUAUCCUUUCUAGGAUUUUCUAGCUUCCAUUCAUCUUCUUUCAUCCUCAUUUUUCACCUUGAAAGUUUACAACUUGUAACACAAGCGUAUAGUUGAAGGCAUGUUUUUUCUAAAAACCGCGUUACAACAACAGGAAUAACGUGUCAUCACAUACAUUAUACACUGUCAAAAUACCUGUAAUGUAUGGUUGACAUGUCUUCAUAGUUGACUUCAAAAAACAUGCCAAAGUUCUGAUAAGGUUGUGUGUGUGGAACAAAGAACUCAACUUCACUAUAAUUAAGUUCUAUUGGGUUUUUUCUUAGAACUCAACAGUGAAUUUUAUAUAUGCUAAUUUCCUAUUGAAAUGGCUCUUCCUCAUCUACUUCUUCUGCUUAUUCUUCAUUGCUCAUUGUUUGUAGCAUUGGUAUCUGGCUGGAAGACAUUGCAAGGAUCACCACCGGUGGUAAUAGCACGCGGCGGAUUUUCGGGGUUAUAUCCAGAUUCUAGUUUACUUUCUUAUAACUUGGCACUAAAAACUAUUUCCCCAAAUGUGACUCUAUGGUGUGACUUGCAACUGACAAAGGAUGGAGUUGGGAUAUGUUUUCCAGACAUCAAGCUUGACAAUGCCACUGACAUUUCUGUUGUUUACCCCGACAAAGCCAAGGAAUACUCGGUUAAUAAGGUUCCAAUUCGCGGAUGGUUUUCUGUUGAUUACAGUUUCAAUGAACUAGCAAAUGUUUCGCUUGUUCAGGGAGUGUUUUCUCGAACGCCAUCGUUUGAUGGACGUAAGUCUCACAUUAUCCGUGUCGAAAACGUAGCUAAAUUAGUAAAACCGCCAUCAACAGGCCUAUGGUUAAACGUUCAGCAUGAUAGAUUCUACAAGCAUCACAAUUUGAGCGUAGAGAAACUUCUUCACUCGCUAUCAACUAAACAAGUAUCUAUCAGUUACAUCUCAUCGCCGAACGCGAAUUUCUUAAGAAGAGUAAGAUCAAACUCAGGUCUUAAAAAAACCGUCACAAUCUUCAGGUUUCUAGAGAAAUAUGAAAUUGAACCCACAACCAACAAAACUUAUGGCGCACUUGUGAAAGACCUCGAAUUUAUCAGAAGAUUUGCUUCGGGAAUUCUUGUUCCUAAAGGCUAUAUAUGGCCUGUAGACUCGGAACUUUAUCUACAUAAACAUACUUCUCUUGUCGCAGAUGCUCAUAAACAAGGGCUGAAAGUUUUUGUUUCAGACAUUGUUAAUGAUGUUACAUUCAGCUACAAUUUCAGUUAUGAUCCUUUGGCUGAAUGUCUGUCUUUCAUCGACAACGGUAACUUCUCCGUUGAUGGCAUUCUGUCUGACUUUCCAGUAACUCCAUCUGUAGCCAUAAAUUGCUUUUCUGGCGUACGAAGAAAUGCAAAAAAACAAGUUGAUACUUUGAUUAUAUCGAAGUAUGGAGCAAGCGGAGAUUAUCCUGCUUGUACUGAUCUUGCGUAUAAGAAAGCGAAAUCAGAUGGAGCAGAUGUAAUUGAUUGUCCUGUUCAAAUCUCCAAGGAUGGAAUACCCUUUUGCUUAAGUUCUAUAGAUCUUUCAACAACCACAACAGUGGCUCAAUCAAAGUUCCGAACUCGCAAAACUAUUAUUCCAGAGAUUCAAAAGGGAAGUGGCAUAUAUACGUUUAGCUUGACAUGGAACGAAAUCAAAACAUUGACUCCCGCGAUAUUGAAACCUUAUGAGAAAUACCUAUUGUUCCGGAAUCCAAAAUUCAAAAAUCAAGGGAAAUUCCUAACCUUGUCUGAGUUUUUGUCCUUGGCUAAAGGCUCUGGCGUCUUGAUCAACAUAGAGAAUGCAGCCUACCUUGCAUCGAAGCGAGGACUAAACGUGACCAACGCAGUCCUUCAUGCUCUACAAAAAGCUGGUUACAAUAAACCAAGAUCUCCAAAAGUAAUGAUUCAAUCAACACACAGUUCGAUACUAAAGAUAUUCAAGGAUAAAUCCAAAUACGAAAGGGUUUACAAAGUUGACGAAAAUAUCCAUGAUGCUGACGAUAAAGCUAUCGAGGAUAUCAAAACAUUUGCAGAUUCUGUUGUGGUAAAAAAAGCUUCUGUCUUUACUCAAACUGCAGCAUUUCUCGUUAACUCUACAACUACCGUAGCAAGGUUUCAUUCAUAUAAGCUACCAGUUUAUGUCGAAACUUUCAGCAACGAGUUUGUAUCUCAAGCAUGGGAUUACUACUCAGAUGCAUUUUUUGAGAUUAAUUCAUUCGUCAUUGGAGCUAAGGUUAACGGCAUUAUUACUGACUUCCCUAAGACUGCUUCGCGAUACACGAGGAACAAGUGUUUGAAGCAUGGCAAAAGAGCACCUUAUGUGAACCCUAUUGAACCUGGAAAACUUUUAAGACAAAUUUCUAAGUCAUACCAUUUAACACCUUCCCCUCCACUUCCAGUCUUGCAUGAUAGUAAUGUCACAGAGCCACAUCUGCCAAGUGUUUCUGGAAAUUUUCCGAUUUUUGGCGCUGCUCGUUAAACAGUAGCAACUCCAGCCACCAUUACUGCAUGAAGAAAGAGCAAAGACGAAAGAACGUGUAGCAUUCAUACACGCCAUUUAACUUUAGAGCUCCAUUGUUUGAAAUGGUACACAACAUUAUUACAUUUAUUAUGAUUGUUUUUUUGUAAGAUGUGAUUAUCCAAAUAGCUUUAUUUCAUUAUCAAUAAAAUUCUUUUGGAUUGUGGAGAUAA